AUGGCGAGCGACAAACCGGCACUGCCGGUAAACAUGCAGCCUCCGGCUCCGGCUGGAGCUGGAGAAGACACCGGCUUAGAUACUGGAGGAGAAGCCGGGGCCGGGGGUCUGGAGCUUGGCACUAAACCACAGCCACCACCGCCGACAGCGACAGCAGCAGACACGGUGGGUUCGAUGGUGUCCAUCUCUGGCAUUAACCCUUCUGUGCCCAUCAGGAAUAUUAAGAUGAAAUUCGCCGUUGUCAUCGGCCUCAUCCAAGUUGGGGAGGUCAGCAACCGGGAUAUCGUGGAGACUGUGCUUAAUUUGCUAGUUGGUGGAGAAUUUGACUUGGAAAUUAACUUCAUCAUUCAGGAUGCAGAAAGCAUAGCAUGCAUGAUAGAACUUCUUGAACACUGUGAAGUCACCUGCCAGGCUGAGAUUUGGAGUAUGUUCACAGCCAUUCUGCGCAAGAGUGUACGCAACCUUCAAGCAAGCACAGAGGUUGGCCUCAUUGAACAAGUGCUAUUAAAAAUGAGCAAAGUGGAUGACAUGAUAGCAGAUUUGUUGGUUGAUAUGUUGGGCGUUUUAGCAAGCUAUAGCAUUACUGUCAAGGAACUCAAGCUGCUUUUCAGCAUGCUGCGUGGAGAAAAUGGAUUUUGGCCAAGGCAUGCAGUUAAAUUACUGUCAAUUCUAAAUCAGAUGCCACAGAGGCAAGGCCCAGAUACCUUCUUCAACUUUCCUGGACGGAGUGCAGCAGCCAUUGCUUUGCCGCCUAUUGCUAAGUGGCCUUACCAAAACGGUUUUACUUUGAAUACUUGGUUUCGCAUGGAUCCACUAAAUAAUAUAAAUGUGGACAAAGACAAGCCAUAUCUCUAUUGCUUUCGAACAAGCAAAGGAGUUGGCUAUUCAGCACAUUUUGUUGGAAACUGUUUGAUUAUAACAUCAUUGAAAUCGAAAGGAAAAGGUUUCCAGCAUUGUGUAAAGUAUGAUUUUCAACCGAGAAAGUGGUACAUGAUCAGCAUUGUGCAUAUCUACAAUCGCUGGAGAAAUAGCGAAAUUCGUUGUUAUGUCAAUGGUCAGCUUGUUUCCUAUGGAGAUAUGGCUUGGCAUGUCAACACUAAUGAUAGCUUUGAUAAGUGCUUCCUGGGUUCAUCAGAAACUGCAGAUGCAAAUAGAGUAUUCUGUGGUCAGCUUGGAGCAGUGUUUGUGUUCACUGAAGCACUUAAUCCAGCGCAGAUAUUUGCAAUACAUCAAUUAGGACCUGGAUACAAGAGUACCUUUAAGUUUAAAUCGGAGAGUGACAUCCACCUUGCGGAACACCAUAAACAAGUUUUAUAUGAUGGGAAGCUGGCUAGUAACAUUGCCUUUACAUAUAAUGCCAAAGCUACUGAUGCACAGCUUUGCCUUGAGUCAUCGCCAAAGGAAAACCCCUCAAUUUUUGUACAUUCUCCACAUGCACUAAUGCUGCAGGAUGUAAAAGCUAUUGUGACUCACUCGAUUCACAGUGCAAUCCACUCUGUUGGUGGCAUUCAGGUUCUUUUCCCACUUUUUGCACAGCUGGACUGCCAUCAGCCAAAUGACAAUCAGCUAGAGACAACAGUUUGUGCAACCCUUCUAGCCUUUCUAGUUGAGCUACUAAAGAGCUCAGUGGCCAUGCAAGAACAAAUGUUGGGUGGAAAAGGCUUCUUGGUAAUUGGCUAUCUCUUAGAAAAGUCAUCCCGAGUUCAUAUUACACGAGCUGUCCUGGAGCAGUUUUUGUCCUUUGCUAAAUAUCUGGAUGGUUUGACCCAUGGAGCACCUUUACUAAAACAGUUGUGUGAUCACAUCCUGUUUAAUCCUGCAAUCUGGAUUCAUACUCCUGCAAAGGUGCAGCUUUCACUUUAUACUUAUUUGUCUGCUGAAUUCAUUGGCACUGCUACUAUCUACAGUACUAUACGUAGAGUAGGCACUGUACUGCAGCUAAUGCAUACUCUCAAAUAUUACUACUGGGUAAUUAAUCCAUCUGAUUGCAGUGGCAUAUCUUCCAAAGGGCAAGAUGGCCCUCGUCCAUCUCAGAAAGAAAUUAUUUCAUUGCGGGCUUUUAUGCUGCUAUUUUUGAAGCAACUAAUUUUGAAGGAUCGUGGUGUCAAGGAAGAUGAGCUUCAAAGUAUUCUUAACUACCUGUUAACCAUGCAUGAGGAUGAAAACAUUCAUGAUGUUUUGCAACUGUUGGUUGCACUGAUGUCAGAGCACCCUGCAUCCAUGAUACCUGCUUUUGAUCAACGAAAUGGGAUACGUGUUAUUUACAAAUUAUUGGCUUCAAAAAGUGAAAGUAUCCGUGUUCAAGCACUAAAAGUUCUGGGAUACUUCCUCAAGCACCUUGGUCAUAAAAGGAAGGUGGAGAUCAUGCACACACACAGUCUGUUCACUCUGCUUGGAGAAAGGUUAAUGCUUCACACCAAUACUCUUACUAUAACGACAUAUAACACACUUUAUGAGAUUUUGACUGAACAAGUUUGUACACAAGUUGUUCACAAGCCUCAUCCAGAACCUGACUCAACAAUAAAAAUUCAAAACCCAAUGAUUCUCAAGGUAGUUGCCACUUUGUUGAAAAAUUCUACACCAAGCAAUGAGCUGAUGGAAGUUAGACGUCUGUUUUUAUCAGAUAUGAUAAAAUUAUUCAGCAACAGUCGGGAAAACAGAAGGUGUCUUUUGCAGUGUUCAGUCUGGCAAGACUGGAUGUUCUCGCUUGGAUAUAUAAAUCCUAAAUGCACGGAUGAACAGAAAAUAACAGAGAUGGUCUAUAACAUUUUCCGUAUUCUUCUGUAUCAUGCAAUUAAGUACGAAUGGGGAGGCUGGCGUGUUUGGGUAGAUACUCUGUCAAUAGCACAUUCUAAGGUCACCUAUGAAGCUCAUAAGGAAUACCUAGCCAAGAUGUAUGAAGAGUAUCAAAGGCAAGAAGAGGAAAACAUCAAAAAAGGAAAAAAGGGUAGUGUUAGCACAAUUUCUGGCCUUUCCUCUCAAGCAAUAGGAUCCAAAGGAGGCAUAGAAGUCAGAGAAAUUGAAGAUGGUUCCCAGACUCAGAGCCCAGAGAGUGAAACUGACUACCCUGUCAACACGGAUUCUAGAAAUCUCCUAGUUGAAGCAAGGGUAUCCAGUAGUGGUGCAGACAGUUCAGACAGGCCAACAACAGGAGUACAUGUGGAGGUUCAUGAUCUCUUGGUGGAUAUCAAAGCAGAGAAGGUCGAUGCCACAGAAGUAAAACUUGAUGAUCUAGAUCUCUCACCUGAGACACUGGUUGCAGAAAAUUGUAACCUGGUCGAGGUAGAAUCUCUUUUGGACAAGGUUUAUACUUCUGCUGUGGAGAAACUACAGAACAAUAUUAAUAGCACCUCCAUUUCUCAACAGAGAGAACAGAGAGACAGUGGUCCCUUAAUAUCUCUGGUAGAUGAAAAGGAUAAUGAACCUAUUAAUAGUACAUCAUUUCUCUUUGAUAAAGCAACAAACCAUCAGGAAAAACUACUGGCUGAAUUGCCAGCUGCUGACAAUCUUUCAAGUACAACUGUGCCAGAGAACCAAAUACAUUCAAGUGCCAGCGAUGACCUGGGGCUGUUAGCUCAUAUGACCAGUAAUUCAGAUAUUACAAGUCCAAAAUCUAUAAUUGAGGAUAAGGAUUUCAAAAUUGCAACAAAUUUGGAAGAAAUGAGUAUCCUGUCUGAAUCAGAAGGAAUUGUUGCAAAAGCAGUGGAAUAUACUGAAAUGAUUGGCACAACCAUUGAUUCAGAACUAUCUUCAAAAAAGACUGUAGGUAACUUGGAUGCUGCUAGCACAGUUUCUGAUACUGACAGAUCUGAUGAUGGCAAAGAACCAGGGAAAGAAGUUAAAAAGAUUCAAACCACCACCACAACUCAGUCCAUUCAGGGACGAGGAGGUGGGUUUCAAGAAAGAGACCUGCGUGUUGAUCUUGGUUUCCGAGGAAUGCCAAUGACUGAGGAGCAGCGCCGACAGUUUAGUCCAGGACCACGAACUACCAUGUUCCGCAUUCCUGAAUUUAAGUGGUCCGCUAUGCAUCAGCGUUUGCUGACAGAUCUGCUUUUUGCUUUGGAAACAGAUGUGCAUGUUUGGCGGAGCCAUACUACAAAGUCUGUGAUGGAUUUUGUGAAUAGCAAUGAGAACAUUAUUUUUGUUCACAAUACAAUUCACCUCAUUUCUCAAAUGGUGGAUAACAUCAUCAUUGCUUGUGGUGGAAUUUUGCCUUUGUUAUCAGCAGCCACCUCCCCAUCUAGUUCUAAGACGGAGCUGGAAAACAUAGAAGCAACUCAAGGCAUGUCGACAGAGACAGCAGUAACGUUCUUAAACAGGCUGAUGGCCAUGGUUGAUGUCUUAGUUUUCUCGAGCUCACUCAAUUUCAGUGAGAUUGAAGCAGAAAAAAACAUGUCAUCUGGAGGCUUAAUGCGGCAGUGCCUGAGACUUGUUUGUUGUGUUGCUGUGAGAAAUUGCUUGGAAUGCCGCCAGAGACAAAGGGAUAGGACAACAAAGAUUUCACUAACCAGUACUAAGCCCCAAGAGAGUCUUCAGAGUUUAACAGGAUCUGGUGCAGGCAAGACUGGUGUUGAAAGUAUCGCUGGCAACCUUUCUCCAAUUAAAGAUCCUGACAGAUUACUGCAAGAUGUGGACAUUAAUCGUUUGCGAGCUGUUGUCUUUCGUGAUGUGGAUGACAGUAAACAGGCACAGUUUUUGGCAUUGGCUGUUGUAUACUUUAUCUCUGUACUCAUGGUAUCAAAGUACAGAGACAUACUGGAACCACAACGUGAAAUUGCAAGAUCUGGAAGCCAGAUAAGUCGCAAUAUUCGGCAAGAAAUUAAUUCACCAACAAGUACAGAGAAUCCUGUUACUUUCCCUGAAGGCAACAAAGAAAAAGAAAUUCUAACACCAAUUGAAGAUAUACAAGUUGAAAGCUCUAUUCCACAUACUGAUUCAGGAAUUGGAGAGGAGCAAAUAACUGGUGUUAUGAAUGGCUCUGAUUUGGAAACAGCAACUGUGCCAGAUACAAUGAGUGAACUUUUAUCUUCCUUGUCCUCCGAAGUAAAGAAAUCCCAAGAAAGCUUAGCUGAGAGCCCAAUUGAAGUGCUGAAACCAAGUUCAUCUGUAACGAGUGUCAGUCAAGGAAAAGGCAUGAAUGUCAAGGAAAUUCUGAAAAGCCUUGUUGCAGCACCUAUGGAGCGUGCAGAAUCUGGACCUGAACCUGUAUCAUACCCUGAUCCAACUGUGAAAAGAGAAGCUCAGACUAUUCUUCCAAUGCAGUUUCAUUCCUUUGACAGGAGUGUUGUUGUACCUGUGAAGAAACCACCUCCAGGCAGUUUGGCCGUUAAUACAGUUGGUGGUAUCGGUACUACGAGUAGUCUCGUCACUGGCAAUACAACCAACGUAAUCUCUCCUGCAACAGCCACACCAAAAAGUAUGAUAAAUACUACAGGUGCUGCGGAGGCUGCUUCCACUUCGUCCUCUUCUUCCUCUUCCAGUUUUGUGAAUGGUGCAACCAGCAAAAAUCUUCCUGCAGUACAAACAGUUGCUCCAAUGCCAGAGGAUUCUGCUGAAAAUAUGAGCAUCACAGCCAAACUUGAACGAGCCCUGGAAAAGGUUGCUCCUCUGUUACGUGAGAUUUUUGUGGACUUUGCUCCAUUUCUUUCCAGAACUCUGUUGGGCAGCCAUGGUCAAGAAUUGUUGAUCGAAGGCCUGGUGUGCAUGAAGUCUAGUACCUCUGUCGUAGAACUGGUUAUGUUGCUAUGUUCACAGGAAUGGCAGAAUUCCAUUCAGAAGAAUGCAGGACUGGCAUUUAUUGAACUUAUCAAUGAAGGAAGGUUGUUAUGCCAUGCAAUGAAGGACCACAUAGUUAGAGUGGCUAAUGAGGCGGAGUUCAUUCUGAAUCGACAGAGGGCAGAAGAUGUACAUAAGCAUGCAGAAUUUGAGUCCCAAUGUGCUCAAUAUACAGCGGAUAGAAGAGAAGAAGAGAAGAUGUGUGAUCAUCUCAUUAGUGCUGCGAAGCAUCGAGAUCAUGUUACAGCCAAUCAGUUAAAACAAAAGAUUCUCAACAUCCUUACAAACAAGCAUGGUGCAUGGGGUACCAUCUCUCAGAGUCAGCAAAAUGAUUUUUGGCGUCUGGACUACUGGGAGGAUGACUUGCGUCGUCGACGCAGGUUCAUACGCAAUGCCUUUGGAUCAGUACAUCCUGAGGUCCUGUUGAAAUCUUCAGAAGACUAUGGUGCAGAAGAGGAUGUUAUAAAGUCGAAGAAAACUUUCCGGACCCAGGCAAUUGUGAAUCAGAACGCGGAAACCGAGCUCAUGUUAGAGGGCGAUGAUGAUACCGUCAGUCUGUUACAAGAGAAAGAGAUCGACAAUCUGGCAGGGCCUGUUGUCCUGAGUACUCCAGCUCAGUUAAUCGCACCGGUGGUCGUUGCUAAAGGAACCUUGUCUAUCACCACCACAGAAAUCUAUUUUGAAGUAGAAGAGGAUGACCAAGGGUUUAAAAAAAUCGACCCAAAAGUUCUUGCUUACACUGAAGGUUUACAUGGAAAAUGGAUGUUCAGCGAGAUACGGGCAGUCUUUUCAAGACACUAUCUCCUCCAGAGCACAGCUUUGGAAGUUUUCAUGGCCAACAGAACUUCAGUUAUGUUCAAUUUUCCAGACCAAGCUACAGUGAAGAAAGUUGUAUACAGUUUACCUCGUGUUGGAGUUGGCACUAGUUAUGGAUUACCACAGGCCAGGAGAAUAUCGCUGGCUAGUCCUCGUCAGCUUUUUAAAUCCUCCAACAUGACACAACGUUGGCAACGGCGGGAAAUUUCAAACUUUGAAUACUUGAUGUUCCUUAAUACUGUAGCAGGUCGCACUUACAAUGAUUUAAACCAGUACCCUGUGUUUCCUUGGGUUAUUACAAACUAUGAGUCUGAAGAGCUGGAUCUGACCCUACCAGGCAACUUCAGGGACCUAUCAAAGCCUAUUGGAUCUUUGAACCCAAAACGUGCUGUCUUCUAUGCUGAACGCUAUGAGACAUGGGAAGAUGAUCAAAUUCCACCUUAUCAUUACAAUACUCAUUAUUCUACAGCUACUUCCACACUGUCAUGGCUUGUCAGAAUUGAGCCAUUUACCACAUUUUUCCUGAAUGCAAAUGAAGGAAAAUUUGAUUAUCCAGAGCGAACAUUCUCCUCCAUCACCAAAUCGUGGAGGAACUGUCAAAGAGACACAUCAGAUGUAAAAGCCAUGGAAGCGCACAUACAGAGCCUUGGACAAAUGCCAUCUCAGUUGCUUAUUGAGCCACAUCCACCUCGAAGCUCUGCCAUGCACCUGUGUUUCCUUCCACAGAGCCCACUCAUGUUUAAGGAUCAAAUGCAGCAAGAUGUUAUAAUGGUUCUAAAAUUUCCAUCCAACUCCCCUGUUACCCAUGUGGCAGCCAACACACUGCCUCAUCUAAGCACCCCUGCUGUGGUCACUGUGACUUGCAGCAGGCUGUUUGCAGUGAAUAGGUGGCAUAACACUGUAGGUCUUAGAGGAGCUCCAGGAUACUCUCUGGAACAGGCACAUCACUUGCCAAUUGAAAUGGAUCCAUUGAUCGCCAAUAAUGCUGGUGUGAACAAGAGGCAGAUCACAGACCUUGUGGAUCAGAGCAUUCAGAUUAAUGCACACUGCUUUGUUGUGACAGCAGAUAAUCGUUACAUCCUGGUUUGUGGAUUCUGGGAUAAGAGUUUUCGAGUGUACUCAACAGAAACAGGGAAAUUGACACAGAUCGUGUUUGGACACUGGGAUGUGGUCACAUGCUUGGCCAGGUCAGAGUCCUAUAUUGGUGGAGAUUGUUAUAUUGUAUCUGGUUCUCGUGAUGCUACACUUCUGCUGUGGUACUGGAGUGGCCGACACCACAUCAUUGGCGACAACCCCAACAAUAGUGAUUAUCCUGCUCCUAGAGCUGUCUUGACUGGGCAUGACCAUGAAGUAGUUUCUGUAUCUGUGUGCGCUGAACUGGGACUUGUCAUCAGUGGUGCCAAAGAAGGACCAUGUUUGGUGCAUACAAUUACUGGAGAUCUUCUUAGAGCCCUGGAGGGACCAGAAAACUGUGUCUACCCACGUCUUAUCUCUGUAUCCAGUGAAGGUCAUUGCAUCAUCUACUAUGAGCGAGGAAGAUUCUGUAAUUUUAGCAUCAAUGGCAAAUUAUUAGGUCAGAUGGAGACCAAUGAUUCAACUAGAGCAUUACUUCUCAGCAGCGAUGGACAAAACCUGGUAACAGGUGGCGAUAAUGGUGUAGUUGAAGUGUGGCAAGCCUGUGACUUCAAGCAACUAUAUAUUUAUCCUGGUUGCGAUGCUGGCAUCAGAGCUAUGGACCUGUCACAUGAUCAAAGGACACUGAUAACAGGCAUGGCUUCGGGCAGUAUUGUAGCUUUUAACAUAGAUUUCAACCGGUGGCAUUAUGAACAUCAGAACAGAUACUAAGCCAAUUUUAGGGGAGGCGGAAGUGUGAUUGCCAGUUCUAGCUGAGAGCACAAGUGCUGCAGUGAACAUCCAGGCAUAAGUGGUGGAACAUGAUGCCCUCUGCAUUGAUGUCUGUUAUACAUUCCAUUACAUCUAGCAAUAGUUGUACAUUGUAUUCUUUAUGUGUAAAAGCAAUCACAAUGGUCAUUUUCUUUUUUUCUAUCACUGAGCACCAGCUACAACAAAUGAAUGCCAUAUUAGUUUAUCAUUCAGUAAUGUAAACUAAUUGAAUCAGAAUGUUAAUUAAUUAAUACUUCCAAGUAAUUCUAUUAAUAAUGUGUCAUAAAAAAGAUUGUGAAGAAUGUAUCCAGUUAUUAUUCUUAAUACUGCAAACUAAGAGACAAGCAUUUUAAAAAAUGCAUUCUUCUUCAUUUGCAGCCUGUACCCAAUCUAUGAAAUAAUACUUUUCAUAAAUUCUACUUUAAUUCAUUACCUUUGAUAGAAACUGAAAAUCCUGAAAUAUCUGUUUCUUAACCAGUUUUGAAGUUCCAUCAUGCAGUCUAUAUACCUAGUGUUCCUUAAGAUAAUUUUUCCAAAAAAUAUACUGGUGGAACUCAGUAGAAAAUAACUAUCAUUUAUAGCAUUGAGGACAAAGUUGACUUGGUUAUCUAAUUUUACAGUGUGGCAAUGAGAGCCCCAUUCAAUUUUGUGUUGUUAUUUUACAAACACAGUUUGGUUUCUAUACACUGUAAAAGUUAUAUUAAUGAGGUGAAUAUUAUGAGAUCUCAGCUUCUCCAGCUUAUAAACUGCAUUUUCAGCUUUCCUAGUAGGCACAAGAUUAGGAGUAAAUUGCAUUUUUUUUUACUGUAGCAAAAAUCAUUUAAUAAUAUUUCUGGCAUACUAUUCAAAUUAAACACAUACACGGGGUAAAAAAAAUCACUUCAUGUUUUCCUCUUUGUAUAUUUGGUGACUGUAUUGUCAAAAGUCAUAGAUGUACAUAACUGUGUUGGUAGGGCUAAGAGGCAUGUAAACAGGAAUGUAGUUUUCUUGGAAAUUACACUCACUCGCAGUUGUUUAUUUAAUUAAAUAAUUAUUGGAUUCUUUGUAUUGGCAUUUUGCACCAGAAACAUUAUUUAUUGCUGUGAUUAUUGAUUUGCCAUCCACACUGUAAUAGUAAAUUUUAGCACUGAGUUCUUUACUUGUUGUUUGUAUUUAAACAAUUAAAACCAUGAAGAAAGUCUGACUGCGUAAUUAAGUUGUACAUCACAUACGUGAGCAAUAUUAUGAGUUUUUAGUCUAGAAUUGGGAGGGGGGAAUUAGCAUCUGGAAAACAACUUCAUUUCAUCUGGAAAUCAUAGUGAAAUAUUUUGGAUAUACAAAAUCCUUGAGCUAUUGUAACGCUGUUUUAUGGCAAAGAUGUAAAAUAUGCCAGA